AUGUCCAUCCGGAGUGGCACCAGCAACGGCAGUGGCAAGAGCAUCGGCAGCGGCAAUAGCUUCACUCGCUUCUUCAAACGCAAGGACUCCAAGGAUUCCUCUUCAAACCACAUCAACAACCAGACCAUCAAUACCAGUCAGCCCACCAAGCCCUCACAUCAUCCCCGGAGUGAGAGUAUAUCCGCCUUUUCCCCUGUUAGUCCCACUUCCCCAACCAUGCAGCUCAAUGGUCACCGUCCCAGCUACGAAUAUGGCUCCACCAGGGGAGGUAAUCUCGGCUCGCUCUCUGAGGAGCUCAGAAACUACCAGCACUAUCAGCAGCAGCUUCAGACUGAGCUUCAGUACCCAACCCCGGGGCUCGAGGGCUAUAAGCAAUGCAUGCAUUGGCUCCAGCAGACCUGUCGGCCCGUGCUCAUGAAGGACCUUGAACAGCUGAACAACGUCCCCGUCCCCGUAACACCAGCCAAUGCCAAACAUCCUACCCAGAUUGGUGGGGUGCAGGACGUCCAGGUCGCGACCUACAAGGGAUCUCAGGUCCAGAUUGUGCCAAUGGAGAGGUGGGGCACCCCUCAGGAGGUUCUUGCGGAGAUUCUUAUCCCGCCCAUCGUCAUGGUGUCAUUUGGUACACAAAAAGAGGACCGAUACAAAAGAAGAAAGAUGAGACGAUAUAAAGAGCUGCGAUCCAUUGGCUGGGAGGCCCUUAGGACCCACCACACGUCUGGUAAACAGCCGUUGGAUGCGAUGGUGACACAGCGUAGCUGA